GGAGGAGGCGUGGCUUUGUUCUGCUGCAGCGGAGAAAUAUGACAUGGGGAUGAGCGAGAGAGAGAGAGGAGAGGAGAGUGAGACAGCCUGAUAGGAAUUAACGGUUCGUCAGAGGUCUAGACUGAAAACAUUUAGGAUGGGGGAGUAAUGACUGAAAACGGAACGGUAAGAGACGACUGGCAUGUUUUUAUCUUUCUCCACAUGCGGCGCGACAGACAGGCCGAUUCAUGGCUGAUUUGAUAGUGAGCACAAUAGGCUACCACUGCAGACAGGUGCACCUGGCUCUAUGCGAGUACGUGCCUCGAUGCAUUCAACUUCAGGUUCCGUGUGAAUCCCUGUUUUUAUUUCAGGUCGAAGGCAAAUGAAUCGAGGCCACAAAUCUCAUCGACGGUGUGGGGUGAGACGUUAGCCGGAGUCUCAGACUACACUGCUGUAAACAUGGAUGUGGUGUUGAGUCUGUAUGCUUAGUCACAGACCUUUGUGAUGUAGAAUAUAUAGUAUUAAUGUGAUUUAAACCAAGAGUAUAUUUAGUGAUGGUACCCUAUCCUAAAACAAAUAGCCCAUUAGCUUGUUGAGGCUACAAAGCCUUGAAGGCUCUGCUUCUUUUCACAGACAUGGAAUAUUAAUCAUCACAGUGUAUUUUCAACCUGAUGGGGAUGAAAUACAAAACAGCUACAGGCUAUUUUUGAUUCACUUCAACUAACUGUUUAUUCUUAAAUGAAAAUCCUUCCAAAAACUGCAGAUAUCACUGCUAGGUUAUAAUCUGCUGCCAAUAUUCUGUAUGUAUCAUUUACUGUUGGCCUGGUUCACAAUGUCUACCAAGCCUGUCCUGUAUUAAUUCUUCGCUGUUAACAUUUGAAAUCCAUGUCUCCUGACAAAGACCUACAUUAUAAAACCUUACAUCCUCCAGAUUAUAUCGGAGUGGUGUACAGGAGUGAAAAUCUCUGCCAUGGUUUCCCCCCGGUUGUCUGGAGGACAACCCCGGGUCCUCUUGAAGAUGGAGAUGUACACAAAAUCAACUUGUUGUUUGCCAUCUAACCUUUACGUUACAUUCAGCCGACCUAUCACCCCGUGCCAAACACUUGUCUUGGGCUUUGGAGACAGGCGGUUGACAGUAGUCGAGUCUGAUUUGGAGACAGCUUGAGUGGACGGGGCAGAGAUACAAAGCAAGGCCCAUGGCUGCCAGGCCAAGCCAGGCCAUGCCAGCUCCACAGAGGGCUUCAGUGCAGCAGGGCACUGGGGAGAGGGCGCUUGGCACCUGAUCAGUUACCACAGUGAAUUCUGUUCCUGUCACUGGCAUUUAGCUACAGAAAAGCAGAGCAGAGAUGAUGGUUGUUGUUGAAACCAGUUGGACUUUAAUGUCACUGUUGCAGCAGCGCUUAAUCAGACUACUUCUUGGUUGAUACAGGAUGACAUUUCUUUGAAAACAUCUGUGCCUAUUGCCCACUAUCUACUUCAAAAACCAAAGCUGCAAAGUUGCGAUCACAAGCUGUCUCUGUGAUAAAAAGAGAACACUGGUUGCAUUGUUUUAAUAUAUCAUUUCGAAGUUUGUAUGGGAGGACCUAGCAGUAUUUUUUCUUUGACAGUAGUCUAAAGAAAUGAUUUGUAAAUUUGCCAAUCACCUGUAAAGAGGGAUUUAAUCCCCCACGUCUCCAUGCCUGAUUCCCCCCAAGUUUGGUCCCACAGGGGAGAUGAAAUGAGUCAAGUGCCCAUGGUAAUCAUGGUCUAAUCACUGCAUGGCUUUGAAGUGGACCCUGUUCUUCAGACAUCUCUAUAGGUGGGGGAGUAAUGUUAAGUGUUCUGUCUGCAGGCACAGGGAGGUCAGCUAGAGGCCAAGGAGGCAGGCAGAGGGGCUUCUCUCACACUAAUGCAGGGGAAGGUGGAGGGGGUACUGGUCACCUUGUUAGAGUUACCGUACUGUGGUUCAUUGUGUAUGUACACUGGCCUUGAUGUUUGAUAAAUUUGUUUUGAGGAAACUGUCAGAUGUGUUUUUGAAAAGGUGGCAUUAUGAAAUGUACCUCAAAAUCUCUUUUAGAUCAGGCCCUGAGGAUUGUGUAAUUAAGCUGGAAAAACCUGCAGUUCUCUCUUUAAUGAGGUGGCUGCAGCUGAGGCUUCACACCACACAAGUGUUGUAAUAAUUUGACCACAACAAAAGCCCUUGAAUAUUGAUCCACAGACUUAUUCAUAGCUAAAAUAGAACUGGCUGUGAUUGCGAGACACCAAGGCCACUUUUGACUGUGUGUCUGUACUUAUGUCUGAUCCACUAAGGCUUAAAUCUGUCGUGUCAGGGGCCAGUAAGUGUCAAGUUUCUCAAAUGUCUGUAUGCCCUCUCUGUAGUCCGCAAUUACAUGUUUUAAAAAGUGGAGCAAGAAAAUUCUGCUUUGAGCCGUACUGAGGACACCUAGAGUGAUCUGAGGUGAGACAAAGAAGUCAGAGACCACUGUGACUACUUCAAGAGAGAAUUGUGGGGUUUGAUUAAAACUGACCACGGCUAACAUUUCCUCAAGUUAACUUCUAGCAUUUACAAAACAAAGCCUGCUUGAAGGCGUGCUUAGACUCGAGAGUUCAAUCAUAGUGGUUGUUUGAUUUCUAAACACAGGAAUGAACGUGUCAGAGCACAACCUGUUCUUUUUAUUUCUGACCAAGCUGUUGAAUCCAGAUACUGAAACUAAGAUGCACAUGACCCUCAGUUGAAUACCUUUAACUUGAAUUCAUCCAAACAUAAUGUUGUACUCAAGAAAAUAAUACCACACCAUGUUCAUGUUUAUGUGGCGAAAUAGGAGCAGAUGUAGUGACCACUAAAAUAUUUAAGUCUAACUCAGGGCUGGGCAAUAAAACGAUAAUGAUAGAUAUUGAAAAUUAACUUCCCUCAAUGUAAAACAUGGUCAAUAUCCUUUUCGAUUGGCAGCAUUCUGCCAUGGUUUGGUUGACUAUACGAAUAGCCAAUGAAAAGGGGAGUUGCUGUGGGUCCGCUUCACGCUGAACCAAUCAUGUGCUGAAUUAGAACCAAGUAGCAAACAACUGCGUAGUAGCAGGCUAUGACUACACACAACCAUAGCACUUUAACACAUGAAGCCGACAGCACUGUCAGUGAGAAAAAAAGAAAAUGAGUGCUACCCCCGACAGAAAUGCAGAUGAAGGCUCAACAGAUGACGACAUCAUUGACAACACUGGCAUGAAAACGUUGGUGAUGUGGAGGUAUUUUGUUUUUUUAGGUCGGACAUGGAGCAGAUUAAUGUGUACUGCAAAUUAUGUUGAGUACAUGUUCUCACAAAAUCGGGGAAUACCUCAAAUCUUUUUCACCACCUGAAGCAGUGCCACGUGGCAGAGCACGCACAAUGGAAAAGGUUACAAACCACGAGCGGAGCAAGGAGCCCAUGGCACCUGUGCAGCCGAAACAGCCGAAACAUUCAGUCCGCUUUCUCUAGCCCAACGCCUUAUGACUAAACAUCGAAGAGACACAAAGACCUCACAGAUGCAGUAGCUUAUUGUAUUGCAAAAGAAAUGCUACCAGUAAGCACUGUUAAAUUUCAUAUUUUAUAUCAUGGUACGGAUAUCCACUGAUGUGAAAAAAUAUAUAAUGAUAAACUUUUUUCCAUAUCAGUCAGCCCUAGUCUAUCUGCUUUCUAAUGAGCGGACAGGAUUUAUGUAUAUUCUGUUGAAAACCAACAUAUAGUUUGCAUAUAAAUGGAUUUAUAUUCUCUGCCUUGAAUUAAUCUGUACCUAAAUGUGGCACAGGCAGCCCCAGGCAGUCAAUAUUAUAGUGCGUUAAAGAGGAUAUCCACUCUGAUAGCCACACUCUGUAAUGGUACAUAUGUGUGUCUAUGCUUCCUGCUUUAGGUGCAUUUGUGUUGCCCCACUUAUUCAGGAGCAGGCUUGCUGCCGGAGACGUCUGCCAUUGUAUGUUCUCUCCACAAGGCCCAGUGGGCACAACCACACAGCCAUCCCCUGCCCUGCCCCGAAUCAGCAAGGGAGCAGUUUUGAAAUCAAACAGAGCACUGUUGCACAGUAUACCCUUGGUGACUCAAUUUAGAUUCACGCAAGCCCACAGCGUAGGUCAUUUUCAUUCAUUCAGAAAAAGAGGUCAGGUCUCCUGUUCUCUGCAACACCCAGCUGCAUUAGUUGGAAACUCAGAUUGUCUCCAUUUUGUCUCACAGGUUUUUUUUUGUUUUGUUUUUCCAUCAAAGGAGAUAUUAAAAAGGAAACAGGGUGGUGGUUCGUCACCACCCUUUUGUGCUAGCUUUCCACAUCAGUCAAGCUGUAGAAAAACAAUUGCCCUAAUGUCUGUCACUGCCACUCCCUUCCCUUCAAGAUGUAGCAGAUCACACCAAAUGUUAGAGCCAGAUCACCCUUUCUGACUGAGAGAAGUAUUCUUCGUGUCUGCCUCUGGAGUAUCAAAAGGAGAGAUUUGACUUGACUCAAAGAGGUCAAAAAGCACAGGAACCUUCAUGUUUUCACCGCUAUUUUUUAUAUGAAGUUUGCAUGGAGCUUAUUUCCGCUAUCUGCUCAUUUUCACUUAGUUCUUCAUACUGUACAUUCAGGUUGUAAUCAUUUCAUGAAAUCAAAUGAUGGAGGUCUGAGUUGAUGGUUUACCCUGCAGCUACAUCCUCCCACACCUUUUUUAAGGCCUCUCCCACGCACUCCCAUGGGCUUAUUGGCCAUCCGCCCACCUACGCACUGUCUGAGCGGUGGGAUCUGGACCCAAUCCAAGGUCCCCUGACAAGUAGGACUGAUUAUUGAUAAUUUCUCUAAUUUACAAAAAAAUGAAAAAAAAAUGUGAGAAAGAUAAAUAUGUGUCAAAUACACAAGUUGUGUUCACAUCCUGCUUUCAAAAAAUGUGUGAAGAGAAUUGACAGGAUUUAUUGAUACCAUUGGCAUUAUUAAUUCUGCUUGCUGAUCUUUAUCAAUUUUUGUGUAUUUUCUUUGUGGAAAAAAAGUUUCUACAGGUUUUCUGUGUAAAUCUCACAAACUUGAUUUGUUAACUACUCUGACUACCUUCACUGCUCUGCUUGGAUGAGGAAGCCUGACUUUUAACUGGACCCUCUAAGAUCAGCUGUUCGCAGAUCCGGCCUCUGACUGGUUAACGUAUCAAAACAAAGCCAGAAGCUUCUAUUUAUUAUAAUCAGCUAACAACAGAAAUGACCCCAUUUCACUAAAAUUUACACAUAAAUCACAGAUUACCUUUGGUUUAAAGGGGUUGUUUUCAGACAGUCACUGAAAAAACACCAAUCUUCAUGGUUUCACAAAGUGUGUGGAUUUUACAGUAAGGAGCUUCAUAACAUUAAAUUUUUGGAGCUCUUGUUGUUAACAUGACAACAUUAUCUCACACGUCUAUCCGCUCUGAUCACUUCCUCGACUUCUUGGUUGUCCUAAGUUGCUGACUGCCUCUUGCAGCGUUUCACGUCAUUGUUUCACAAGAAGUUUAAGCAAGGUAUAUCGGUAACUGUUACGCAAAAAGGCACCUCACGUCAAUGGUUUUAACCAGUUGGAAUUACUUGAUAAGAAAUUAUGAAAGAAUGACUGAACAUUAUUAGCAUUGAGAGUAUGCAAUUUUUUAACAAGGGCAGGGAGGGACUGGUUGAGAACUCUAACUUGAAUCUGCAGUAAACUCAACCAUGUAAUCUUUUCUGGUUUAGUAUGCUUAGUGCAUAAACAAAUAGUUGUAUAAGCUUAACACGCUAAUUCGUUGCAGUGAAAUUAUGUGAUGAUCAGUGUAAAAAGAAGCAUUAUAGGUGACAUUGUUUUGGCUCACUCAAAGAUACUUAAUGCAAGAAACUUAUUUUGCUUAAAUUGCAGAAAAAAAACAUUUUUACAACGCCGUGCAGUAACUCACACCAACUUAAGAUCUCAGAUGAUUCUAAAGAACAUGGCACACAGUAAAAAGUCUCUGAGAGAUAAUUUUCCACAUUAUCAGCGGCUGGGACAUUAUGCACAUCAGUUGCUUGAUACAGGUCAGAGUUUGUCAAAAACACCUUCCCUCUACAGUGCUCCCACACCCCACUCGAGGUCAGGUUGGAGAACACAUAAAAUAUCAGAGUAAGUUACUCAGAUUUUCCUUGAAAGGCAAACAUUAUAUUCAUUUCUGUUUCAUUUCACAGAUCUUUGUGUCGCUUUUUUCCGUUUGUAUCUUUCCAGACUAGUUGAUGACUCAGUUGAGAGUAAUCGUCAGAUUAAUAUGUGUUAGUUACUUCUUUUGCUCCCUUCAUCACCUGAUGUCUUACUUUGGUUUUGCUUCCUUGCCAGGUAGAAUUGUGGCUCGGACAAACUUGACUAUGUAGUUAGCAUUGAUUCCAUUUGGACAGCUAAUAGCUUGGCUAAUCUGACCAAAGUAAAGUGCAGGAAGCACUUCAGACAGUGCGGUUUAGUUCACUAUCAUUUGUGGCUUCCAUCAACAAGAUCUAGCAGUGCAUUCUGCCAUGUUUGAACAUAUUGAGGCUAAUUGAUUUUGUAUAUUGAUGAGGGUGUUUUUGUCUUAGCCAUAGAUUCAUCAAAUCUAUUGAUGGAUAAAGUUGUAGACUGGAAUCUUGGUUUCUUAAUUCAAUAGUUUUAAGUCCAGACUUUUUUUGUUGUUGUUGUUGCUCAUAUGGUGUGACUCCUGGAUCAGUGCAUGUCCAACUUUUGCGUAUCUGAUAAACCCAGAGGAAGUCCUCAUAAACCAACGAAUUCCUCAGGCAAAGAUUCACCGUUUCCGCAGUGAGCUUAAACUACGUGUAGAAGAAUAAACUCACAUUGGCUUUUGUCAUGUAUCACACUUGGAAACUGGAAGAUAAUGUUCCUGCUAAAUUAAAGACUAAACAGAGUGUAAACAAGCACUGCUUUUGUGCAAACAUAAUAGGGUUAGACCAAUCAGUUGGCCAAUUAAUUAGGCAAUUAAUGGUAUUUUGAUAAGAUCGGCAUCAUACUGGCACAAGGCUGAUAUCACCAUUACCCUUUGUAAAUGAUAACACAUCUUUUUCAUCCCACAUUAACAGCAUGUUAAAUCUGAAACAGACAUUAAUUUGUGUUUUAGUGCUGUGUUAUUUUAAUAUUCAGUAUUGACAGCAAUAUUUGCUGUGUUUGGCAAGUUCUAGCAAACUCUGUCUUUUUAUUGUUUCAUUAUAAAUCCAUCCCAAACAUAUUACUGGCCAAGGCAACCAUGUAUAUUGUUUAUGGAUGAAUGAAUAUUUCUAUGUAGAUUUUAAUUCCAAUAUUUAUCAUAUUUUUCUUAUUAAACAACUUCAGAUUGUCAGACAGAAAUCCAAAAGUCUUUGUGACUAAAUUUAACUGGGCCAAAUGUUCUUCCAUCAACAUUGAUUAAAUAUUCACAAAAAAAUUGUUUGUAAUUUGUUGGUAUUAUUUCAGAGUUGUAUUUUGUCAAAUUCAAAAAACCUCCACAAAAAAUCGAACUAAACCAAAACAAAGUGGUCACAAUCGGCUAUAAGCUGACUUGCGCUUUCAUAAUCAGUCAGUGGAAAACUGUUAUUGGUUGACCUUUGACACAUAUCUGUGUUUGUGUUGUAAGGUUACAGUAAAAAACUUAAAACUACUAAUUUUUCAUGUAAGCGACUCUAUUCAGUUUUACCUGCCCUCUGACGUUUCUGUACCCUUGAGAUCAGUCUAAGCUAUUUGCUCUGCAGUGGGGAUGUUGUAACCUGUAAAACCUUUCUGGUCUUUUGAACAAGAAUUUAAUUCUGUCUAAUUAACUUGUCUAAAGGUAAUAAAAAAAAAAAACAUUAACUUUCAGGGCAUUCAAUAACAUAACAACAGUUUAAAAACGCACUGAGUUGAGAUUUUAUGCUUGUUUUACAUUUUCUCCACAUUCUAAAUCAAAGUAUUGCCAAAUUCCCAGAUGCCUUCGGUCCUCUGUGCUUUUUUCGCAUUAAUUUGUGUAAAAUUUCAGCAGUCACCAUUAAUCAGGUGGUGAUAUUUAAUUUCUUUCCAGCUAAACACACACAUCCCUCUUCUGCAGAGCUCUAGUGGUUACAGUAACCACAAACCAAAAACAAACCCAGAACAGUUGCUGACUGACAGAAAAGCUGAAAUCAUUCUGUUUUUGUUCUUGACGGAAACUUGUGGUCCCAGAGAUCAGCAUCGCUGUCUCUUUAUGUAAUCAGAUAUAACGUUUCAGAUAAAAGACUGUCUUUUUUAUGUUCAAGAGCCUGCAGUUUAUAGGUGUAGCAUCUUUUCUUCACAUGCUAAAUUAAGAGUAAGGUUAUGUGAUAUUGCCCUCUCCACCCACUUUAGUGUGCAUGCAUGCGCCCACGCAUGCAGUCAAACCAAUCGUGGUGCCACACAGCACAACACAGGUACUGUGAGAGUCUGAGGUGUCAAAACAAUCUCUUCUAGUGUUUCCUCUCUUAUUGAAGUUUCAGUGGAAAUAAUGAGACUCUUAUUUUUAUGGGGUCGUUGUAGGAAAACAGAGCGGCCCUAUGAUUGAGGCAGGGUUUGAGCUGAAUAGAUAUUUCACUAUAGCCUAGAAGCUACAACCGUAAGCGAUAGAGGCAACAUGACAUUGUGCACUGCUUUGCAGUAAAUGAUGUUUUCCUGUUUUUUUCUUUUUUUUUUUCCAUGACACCUAAAAUGAAAUAAUCAGGUUGACAAGGACAGGAAGCGUUGUAUAGCUGCUUUGCUUGGCUGUGUGUGUGUGUGUGUGUGUGUGUGUGUGUGUGUGUGUGUGUGUGUGUGUGUGUGUGUGUGUGUGUGUGUGUGUGUGUGUGUGUGUGUGUGUGCACGCCUCUGAAAAAGAAAAUGUGGAUUCAGAGGAGGCAUUAUUAUAACCCACAUACAUAAACAGGCCUUAUGUCUAAAAAUAUACGUACAAUUACAGCAUAUCCAAAAGGAUCAUGCGCUUGAAGAUGACGAUGAUAAAAGUCAUUGUAAUGUUUCUUUUAUCAUAUUCACAAAUAUCUUAAUUCGUAUAGAUCUCUGAGCCUGGGAGGAGAGUGAAAGUGAAAUCAAGUGAAAGAUUUUUUGUGUUGACACUUUAGAUGAAAACCUCCAUCCACACAAACUCAAACGCCAGCUGGCUUCAGCUGGUUAAGUCUGUAUAUCUCACGUUAGAGGAAAAAAAAGACAGCUACUAAGUUGUCUCCCUACUUUAUUUUUUUUUUAAUAUACCCGUCUGAUGCUUUCUGUGUAGUAGGGCUGGGCGGUCGAUCAGAUUUUAAUUUCAAUUGUAGUUUGAGCCCCCACAAUUAUAAAAACAUGAUCAUUGAGACUAAACGAUUGUGGUGCCGUCUGCUGUGUUGCCCACAAUACAUCCUAUACAAGAAUGAAGCGCACCUAGUAGAAGGUAGUAGAAGGGCUGAAGGGAGGGAUAUUUCGAGGAGUUUUGAUCUUUUUCUCCCCCCCUUCGUAACCAGCUUUUUGUUGGUGUGCACGCUGCACAUGAUGCAGAGCUGAUCUGCUAGUAGUGAAGAUUUGACUCACAUAUAAGGUCAGACGGAAAAGCUCCAGGUUACUCUGUUACAAGGACUUUUUGCUUCUAGUGUUAAAACCUGAACAGUGCUUUGAGGCUAAUUUUGUGAAAGUGAAAACCUCUGUAGAUAAACAGGUUCAUGGUGCCCAUUUAGAAACCAAUGGGUGACGCAACUGAAACUACAUCCAUCUUUAAACAGUUUACGAUUUUCUGCCAAUUAUGCGUCUUUCAAAAACCUCUCAAUAAUCAGAAGCUCACAUCAAGCAGUUGAGUUGAUAAAUUAGAAGAACCUGAGUCUCUAAACUUCAAAAUGAUGAGAGAUGUCCCCCAGGUAUACAUGCAGAGCAGUGCGUCUGCUGUCCACCGCAGCAUUAAUUGGAAUUUACUUCAAAAAUUAAUGCGAUGAUGCAUUUAGAGUAAAUUACCAACAACUCUCCACUCGAUGAUAUGCUGCGCUGGCAGUGUGUAGAGUAGAAAUGAGAUGCAAAGUGACAUUAUUGCUUCAAGCAGCAUCUUUCAUCCAGUAUGUAAGGGGCUGCUUCACAUAAAUCUGUCUUCUUAAAGUUUGGUGAGGGAUUAGGAGAGAGGAAGAGAAAGUAUUUGUGAGAGGCUUGAUUACAGAGUCAGUCUAGAGGUCAAGACUCAGACGCAUCACACUUUCUCCCAAGAAAUUGUUGGUUCGUUCUGCCUUUUUGGUGUCUAUCUUCCAGCAGUCUUAAAUGGAGCACUGCAGUUGAUUUUUCUGGGUGUUAGGGUGCUCUGAGGUCACAGCGAAUCAGUGCAGAGCAGGGGAAGUCCUGCCAGUGAGCAGAGAACAAUGGAGGAAAAAUAAGUGACUCUGCACUCUCACAGGUGUUUACUCAAAUGACAGACAGAUGUUGAUGGAGCUCUCAGAAAUCAAAAUGGCCAAACCUGAUGAGCCGGUGCCGGGUGAAGGGCCCUCGUUUGAUUGAAACACGUCCCACAUUCCUCUGGCCACUCAUGAGAUUGUAAAAUCCAGCACACACAUGCACAUGCUGCACUGGCAAGGCUUGUACACAAUCGUCACAGGCAUAAUCUUCCUAUUGUGGCUGCAGAGGGAGGGAGGAGGAAGAAGAAGAAGAGGUGAUGGGACAGAGAUUGAGACUGGCUGACUGAUAUGAAGCCUGAAUAGCAAGUGCUGCUUCCACCCCACAUUGAAAUUCACUGAUUGAAUCUUGUGCUCUCGAGCAAGGACUUUGAAAUUGUGAAGUGCUUAGUUUGUACUUUGGUGAGGCAUUAUGAUAUCCUGUUUCAAAAAUUUUCCAUGUCACUUAUCAUGUGUUGUGUUGUGAAGCAUGCUAAUGGAUUGUGUUGAUUAUUCAGCACUGAUGUAAAGUGGAAAUGAUCUGUUAGUCUGCAGUUGCGCUCAUUUGUUUUUCCAAUAUACAAUUACCGCACAUUGAUUGCAUUUUCUGAAUCUGUUUUUUUUCGCUGUUCCUGCAUUUACUCAUCAUGUAAGUGUGUAAUAUUAGUGCAAACACACACUGGUUUAAAAGGAUAUCCCGGUGUGAAAUUAGUUUAGGGUCAAACACACCGUAAUACAGAGUUAGACAAGAGACCUUAAGAGGUGAAUGUUGCCAACUGCUUGCUUCUCUAGUUAUACCAACUUUAGUAAUGAUCACAUGAUACCAAUACACAGCUGUCUCAGGAGCCAUAAACAAACCUCAACCAAAGAGCAACUCUAGAGCCACAAAUAAUGCUCAGAACAGCACCUAACUUCAUCAACAGGACAUAUAGGGUUCCAAGCAUAGCAUUAGCCAACAAACAUCUUUUUAGCUUUGCCUGAUUUCUUUAGCGAAGAGACAAAACACAACUCACCUACUCUCUUCCAGCAGCUGCUUGUUUGUAGCGAGACCUCGGGCCAGUCCAUUAUGAACUGCUGCGGGGUGACACAGCUCAAGGAAGAACAUUUAUGAUCAUUUCUUCAUGAAAAUGCAAUCAGACCGAGACGCUAAGGCAGGAGAACUAUCGCGUCUGCAGUGCAAAAUAAUUAACAUGGUGAUUAUUACUUCAAGGAAAUGAUGAAGAAAUGAUCAUGAAUGUUCUUCCUUGAGCUGCGCCACCCCACAGCAGUCCAUAAUGGAAUAGUCGAGGUCUCUAUAAACAAGCAGCUGCUGGAAGAGAGUAGGUGAGUUGUAUUUAGUCUCUUUGCUAUAGAAAUUAGGCAAAGUUAAAAAGAUGUUCGGUGGCUGGUGCUGUGGCUGGGACCCUAUAUGUACAUAUAUGUUGUGUGUGGCUCCUGAGACCUCUGUGUAUUGCUAUCGUGCGGUCGUUACUAAAGUUGGUAUAACUAGAGAAGCAAGUAGUCGGCAACAUAUGUCUCUCGAGGGGGUGUCUAACUCGGUGUUAGGGUGUUUGACCCUAAAUUAAUUCUACCCUGGAAUAUCCCUUUUAAACUGAUUUUUAGCGUUUAUAUCUUGAGGCAUUGUGCAGCCAAUAGCCUUUGCUUCAGGUAACACCUGCAGGUGUUUUUCUUUCCUAUAAGAGAAAGUUGGUCUGAUACUUCGGUGUGCACAGGCUUGUGUUAUAGUUCUGGAUAAGAGUGGAUGCCAUCUCCUAUUAGCCGUCUCCUGUCUUUUGGCAGCCCCCUGUAGAGGCUCUUACACUACUGGCUUUGAGGUUGGUACACACACACAGAGAGGGCACACUGAGGAGAAACAUGCUAUGGAGUGUUUUCAUGAACACAAACACACACACUCAAAUAAUUGUGCACUUAGACGCUCGUUGACUCCCGGGGCAGGGAUCACAGGGUGGUUAUCUAGCAGUGUUGAACACAGCAGUCUGAGCCUGUCGGUGCUUGGCCCGCCGAGCAGCAGAUCAGCUCACACACUGAAGCCACAGUGGGCCUGGAUGCAACCGUUUGUCUGAGCCAGAAAGUGAGAUUUUACUCUCCGCCUGCCUCGAAGAAUCCAAAAUAUUCGGUCCAGCAGCUAAGGGAUCAGACUUUCUGAGGUUAGAUGGACUUAUUUUGUGUUUAACCAACAAGCUCACAUCCUAUGACCAACUGCAGCCUGACAAGUCUCUUGCCACUAUUUGGUGAGCAGGUUCUGGUUUCAGGUUUCAAAGGUCCUUUUGGCUUUGGAUUAGUGCCACCUGCAAUUGGGAGGCUGUGCAGAGUUUGUCUUCCACAAUCAGGAUACAUCGGAUUUGUUUUUGAAUUGGAUACUUUUUUGCUUUUUCACUUACAUCACGCAGAUGGCCACAUAUUUACAUAUGUAUCUGUAAAUGUGAAGUCUUAUGUAGUGUCCAGAAAGUUUGCAGGACACAAUCAGCAGAAAGAUUUUGAUUUAAAAUCAUUGUAUGGAUCAAAUCAUAAAGAGCAACUUGUCUGUGUCAGCUGGCUGGAAGGAUCACAGGUUUUUCCAACAGGUCUGUAAUACAUAUGUAAGAUUUGAAAAGAAAAUUUUAUCAUGAGAAAAGCCAGACAACAGACUAGUGUCUCUGAAUUACACAUUUGAUCAUUUCUUGCUCUAAAUCCAAAACAAAUAUUAUACAAUCAGACAAAAAAGAAAAAAGCCCCACAUUACGAGUUUCAGUCAACAAGUGUGAGUUGUUACUAUUUUUUAUGUAUUUUACCAACAAUCAAUUUCACCUGAAAGCUACACUUGUUGAAACAACAUAACCUGGAGGACGCUCCUCGACAGAGAGGCCUUGUCUCUUUCCUUCUGGCAGUGAAUUAGAGGCUGACACCAGAUAAUUUCAGCAGCAGCUUUUCAAUUCCUGACAUUUAGUCUUCUUAAAAAGUGAUUAUUUUCCCCUCUAUCACCAGACAAAUCAAUUCUGAACACGAACAUUACACUCUCAAAUCUGCAUAGACUUAUGUUUGCAGAAAUCUAAACAAAAAUGUCCUUUAACAGUGUGACUGUGACUCAGAAUGCAUACUGUCCAACAUAGCUGUGCAUCUAUAGGAUUUGCUGCUUGACCACCUGCCUGUGAUGGAGGAGGUGCAGUGCAAAGAGUUGCGUUCAAGUGUUGGUACAGUAUGUUCACCUCCCACCUGCUGUGUAUCUGCCCUGCAUGUGGGCGAUCGUUGCUCACUAUAGAGACAAUUAUCUCUGCUGUAACUUAUCCUAUAACUGUCAAAAGCCUCCAUAUAUCUCGGCAUGUGCAUCAUGGAAAAAAUAGCCUGUUGCUCAUCUCCAUUUAACCACGGGGUUGUUUGGAAAAGAUGAUCUAUAUUACAUGGAAAAUAAGGAAAACAGCGAUCUGUUUUCCCCUGUGAUUGUUUGUUUUCUAUUCUGAGUAAGGGCUCUAAAUUUCCACGGCGGAGUCUAUAGAUUUACGUCCCUUCAACUUGGUAACCAGCCAACUGCUUCAUAUUUUCGAUGACUUUAAGGCUUUGUAAACUUUUGAUAUGGAAAAAAAAGUAGUGGGUGGUGAGAUGAGUAUGCACCGUGUAGGGUGUAAGUUACAGUAAGUUAAAGACUGCUUUGUUUUUUUAACAAGUUCACAAGAGGUACGGUGUUCCUUUUCUUAAGAAUAGGGUUUCAAAGUCCCUUUCUACACAGAUAGGUUUGUUGUUUCAUGGUGUAUUCCUUUGAAGUUCUUUUGAUAGUCAAUGAUGACUGAUAAAGUACAGCUGAAAGCCGUUCUGUUUGUAUUUGGAUAACAGAAAUCAGCAGGCGAGACGGGGCAAAUCAUCCUAAAACAGUCGACAGUGAUCAUGUUUGCUUGUGUCCAAAUAAUGCCUGUUAUCUAUUAGGGGGUGAAUUUCAUAAGAAGUAGGUGUUUCAUUGUUAUAUCUGAUGGCUGAGCCAAAGAUGGGCCUCAGUUUACAGGUCAUUUGAGGUUCCUGUAUGUCAUGCUGUACAGAUGCAGUGCUGCUGAUUGUCCUGUGUUUCUGGAUACUAUAUGAGAACUUGUAAAUAUGAGAGAGGACUGCAGGCUGAAUGCUCACGGGUCAGUGGACCAGAGGAGGUAAACAAAUGCUGUGUGUGUGUGAGUGAGUGAUAGGAGAAGACACAACUCAGCAGUCUUACAAAAAUAUCUACGAUAACAUCUAAAUGACAACAAAGCAGACACCAGUUUAUACCACAAGUUUCCGAUCAAGCUAUCAUCAAGCUAUUAAUGUGUUUGAAUCGAAAGUACAAGAUCAGAUGUACAGAUAGUGGUGAACAUUGUCUCCUCUUCAUAUGUGAGCCAAAUAUACUAACAUUCACACUCAACAUCAGGUGUGGAAACACACAGUGUGUUCAUGUAGGUACUGUGGCUGAGGUUCACAUUUGAGACACACUUUUUUUCAAUUCAGUUAAUAUACUUUUCAUUUGUACAUUUUAGAGUAUUUGCCCAGAAGUGUUUGGAAAAAUCAAAGAAUCCAGAUAAUUGAUGUGGUUCUGGCACAAGGACUGUAUUUAACAACUGUAAUGGUACAAGAGACUUUACAGCUCAGAAGUGUGGAUUCUGUAGCUGGUAAUGAAAUGAAAUAAUUACUGAUGUUUGUGUAUGACCUUCAAAAGCGUUAUACUUCUACGUCAUGUAAAAGCUUAUUGGGGUCGGUGUAGGUGAGGUGAGGUGAGGCAAUCGAGAGCACGAUGCCAAAUCAUCCUUUGUUUACAUUUUUCCAGGUAGAUCUUUAUGGUGAGAGAUUCAUGUGACUGUUUAAGAGAGGCAUGAUCAAAUCAAGCAAAUAUAGUAGAGUUAAAAAGUUACUCUCUGAAAGGUAUUGAAUCAAAUAAGCAGAAAAAACACAAGUGGAGAAUAAAUACAGAUUUUGGGCACUUGUUCUUAGUUACUUCUGUUGACAAGAAAAACUUUUGGAAGUCUUAAUUUUUCGUUGGGAAACAUGAUCAGUGCUUUGGAAAUUGUGAAAUAAAGAAUUGAAAAGCGGGGAGAGCACACCUCCUCCCCAUUUCAUGUGCAUCCAUGAAAAGCUAAAGGAAAACAGCAGCAGCAACGACCCCCCCAAAAAAAACAGAACAGCAGGCGUCAGUGAUAAUACAUGUGAUGCUGGUAAAACCAGAUACAGCGUAAAAAGGAGGCAACACACACUUGUUACCAUCUGCCAGUUUGUUGCAUUGAAGGUAAUCAGUCGAGUUGCCUGCUGACUUGAACUAGCGUUGGGAUAAGCUGAUAUACUGUGAGUUGAGUUGACUAAAUGGCCUGCCUGAACUAACACUCUGCUCACCAGUUUAAAUUUUUGUUCUGACCCAUGUGUUAUAACAGAUCCAUAUUAGAUUAUUUCUAAUUUUCAGGGAGGUUUCAAUGACACCGUAUGAAACAUUUGUUGAACUCUGAUAUAAGUGAGUAAACAGUGAAACAAAUUAAGCAUAUACUACAACAUAUGACCCUUGACAGUUUAUGUGAAUUAUGCAUGCCACUGAUGGAUAUUUCAGUUGCACUUAAAGGGACUUUGAUGCUAACUCCUCAUCAUGCAGAGGACGCGCCUCUGUAAAAACUAUGGAAGGGAACAGACUGGUGUGUGACCAAAGUAGAAAUCCUCUGAGUUUCUGGUGUUGCUGUUAAAUUUCUACUCUCUUACACUCUUCCAUCUGCCUUUUUUUUAUUUGUGUUUGUGUCUAGAUGCUACAGAGUCUCAUGUCUUACUGCUGUAUCAGACAGAAACACAACAGUGACCUCCUGCAGCCUCAACCAGAUUCAGCAUGUUUGUGUUUUUUUGUGUUAUCGGUGUCACAAACACACCUGCAUCUGAGUGUGAGAACCUGAAAAUAUGAUGACAUCAAAGUAACUCAAGGAGGUGUGGUCACGGGAAAAAGGUGCAUCUGGACAAAAGCUGACUUAUGGAGAUCUUAUUACAGCUAAUGGUGUAGUUACUCACAUCACAGGCAGAUAGAAACCUCCUGCUGCUAAUUUAAUAACACGUUUUAGUGAAAGUUAUGAGGUUUUAAGAAAUGGGACAUUAUUCUUUUACCAGUAAUUACAUUUCAACUUUAUCAGUCAGUUUAUUGGGCAGUGAGUAGAUCAAGUGGUUUCUGAAUGACACAUAAAGAAAGUGGUGACUCAGGAGGUAUUUCUGAACACAGACGAGGUCACAGGUGUGUGUAGGUUGAGUGUUUUGCAUAUGCUUCAAAUUUCACCCAGUUAGUCAGAGCCAAAAGCAUGUACAUAGUGUUUUCUGUUUGAUAACUGUCAGUGUUUACUGUGUUUUCAGGGCUGUCUGCAUCCCCAGUGUCUUUCUCUCCUCCGCCGUCUCUGAAGCCAUGGACUAGAGCUGCGUCUGGUCCUGACAGUCCCGUGGUCAUCAGAUGGCUUCUCAACAACCAUCAGCAAAAAUACAGAAAGUACGUGCAAAUUCUUCAAGAUUAAUCUGGUCAUUUUACUUGUUUGUGACAUUGUUUGUCUAAGUUGAAUUUUAAGGAUGACAGCUACGAGGCAGAAGUGGUACCAUCUCAUAGGUCUAUACACACAUCCCAGUGCGAGUUAGAUGUUGGUCUGUUGGAGUUAAGGCGAUAUGGGAGAAAAUUUAUUACAAUAUAUAUUUUUUCAUUUUAGUCGAUAUUGAUAUAUAUCACAAUAUAAAAAAAUUAAACUUAACAGUGCUUAUUGGUAGCAUGUCUUUUGCAAUACAAUAAGCUACUUAAUCUGUGAGGUCUUUGUGUCUCUUCCACGUUUUGUCGUGAGGCGUUGUGCUGGAGAAAGCAGACUGAAUGUUUCAGCUGCACAGGCGGUAUGGGCUCCUUGCUCCGCUCGGAUUUGUAACCUUUUGCAUUGUGCGUGCUCGGCCGCGUGGUGCUGCUUCCCCGACUUUGCGAGAACAUGUACUCGACAUAAUUUGCAGUGCACAUUACUCUGCUUCAUGUCCGACCUCAAAAAACCAAAAUACCUCCACACCACCGACGUUUUCAUGCCAGUGUUGUCAAGGAUGUGGUCAUCUGUUGUGCCUUCAUCUGCAUUUCUGCCAGGGGUAGCACUCAUUUGCUUUCUUUCUCACCAACAGUGCUGUUGGCUUCAUGUGUUAGAGUGCUAUGGUUGCGUGUAGCUUCAGCCUGCUAUUACGCAGCUGUUUGCUACUUGUCUCUGAUUCAGCACAUGAUUGGUUCAGCGCGAAGGGGACCUGAAGCAACUUCCCUUUUCAUUGGCUAUUCGUAUAGUCGACCAAAACAUGGCAGAAUGCCGACUAUCAAAAAGCAGAUUGACCAUUUUUAAUAUUGAUAUUGAGGGAAAUUAAUUUUCAAUAUAUAUCGUUGUUUUAUCGUUCAAGCCCUAGUUGUACGGAUGACUUGUCAGUGUAACCAGACACAGCCUUCCUACAAUUUAAUCUCCAUUUUAAAGACACUGCGUUACAGGCUUCCUCUGUGCUUGUUUACUGACUGAAUAUAGUCCUUUAAAAGUGAACUAUUUUCCCCAGUUGGCUAUUCAUUUGACUUCUAAAAAAACAAAACAAUUAAACAGUUUCUAGUUCUCAGGUUCAGAUGUGAAAGUGGUUGUGUCUUCGGGGAAUUGUUUAUAAAGACUCAUAAGUUUCUGUCUCUGGUCUUUCCAUGGAAUGAGCAGAAACUAAGAAAAAAACAUAAUAAAUGUCAGCCUGAUGUGUUAAAACAGGAACAAUUUCCAGUCAUUUGGCUGUUAUGUUAAUGGCCCCUCAUUUUGAAAAAGCCUACAUUGUGUGACAAAUAUGCCAAAUGUCAUAAUGAUUAACAGGAAGCCGGACAGUCCCCCGUUCCUCCUGCCCACAUGGUUUUUACGUCAGAAAGAAAAGUACACUUUAAGGUGUUUCUGAGUCAUAAUUACCUCCCACAGGGACCGAGAUGUGAAUAGGGCUGUUCUUGAGGGAGAAGAUGAGGUCAUGACUUAUAAGAUUCAGCUAUUUCUGUAUCUCGCUCCACACCACCAGGCUCGAGGCUUGCUGCCCUGUGAAGCAAUAUUGUGAUUCUCACUCAAUGGGUGGCCUAUUAUUCAGUACUGAGUUAAGUGUCCACCCCUAGAGAGAGUAAUUAGGCACACAUAUGUUGUCUCUUUGGUCCUCAGAAGAGGGAAAUUCAUCACAGGCUGGCUUUCACGCCUUUUGGAUUUCCUGUAAGAUGUUUCCCUCGAUUUGAAAAAGUAAGUCUGACUAACAUUGGUUUAAUGUCUGGAAAGUACAAAAACAACUCUAUCAUAGAUCUGAUAACAUGUCUGACAUGAUCGCUGCUUCAACUGCUCCAUCCAACCACCCACCCUGUGUUUCCUUUGCAGUAGUUCAUGUGUGCUGAGAUUCUGUCAGUACAACAAUGUACAUGUUACACAAUGCAAAUGGCUGACAGUAACUAGGUCAGCUAAACUACAGCUUAAGUGCAGCUUUUACAAAUUAAUAAUGCAUUUGAUAAAGUUACUAGGUCCCCAGCAAAGAUACUUUUUUAUGAUGAAGCAGAUCUGGGUGUUUUUUUUGUCUUCUUUUGUGUCAUGAGCCUUUAAUUCGAAUCUAAAUAUAAGUUUACCAAGAGGAAAUUUCUGAGUUCACGUUCAUUAGAUGUAAUGAAAUCAUGUUGAGUGUCUUGUUCACGCUGUUGUCAGAAUAACCCUCUCAUACUCCUCAUCCUCAGAGGCAGGAAACACCACAUUUGCUUCCUAUCAGCUCUAGUGUUUACUGUCUGUUGGCUCACAACACUGAGCCAGAACCUGGUCCACUCAUGUCAUGUGGCAGACUGUGAGCUGGGGCAGCAGAGAGAGUCCAGCAUGGUCUCCACUCUCUGGUGUCAAAGCCACACACACACACACACACAGGGGCUUGGUGUCAGAGCUGUAACCUGUGUGGGCGUGUGUUUCUUCACUGACAAUGUUCUGAGCUCUGUUCCUCGAUCACCCACACAGCCUCAAGUGGAACGAAAACUAUGCAUAGACGCAUUCAUUCCAUGGGCCGAGGGAGUGACUGCCAUCCGUCUUUGAGAUGUUAUUUAAGACCCAACUGUGCUGUGGUUGUUGAUCAUUAGAGCUCAAGUGCUACAAAGUCAUAUCAACAUUUUCUCCAUCUUGGGUCAUACUGAACAACAUCACACGGAGUUACCCAGCUCCAAAAAGUGGCUUCACAGGAUCUCUCUCUCUCUCUGUUGCUGCCCAGCAAGAUGUUGGAUCAAACCCAGAAACCCCUGGUUGACACUCUGUGGUAGGAAGUGUUGUUGUGAUCAUGGGCGGUGGGCCAAAGGCUUUGGAGAUAGGCAGGUGUGUCCUGGAUACGACCUCUGGCUUUGUUGUUGAUAUUACAUCUGUGCUGCUGGACAUUAUGUUAUGACUGUUAGCAGAUGCUGGGAGGAGCGCAGGGAGUGGAGAGCUAUUCUCAGGACUAUGAAUUAUCAGAUCUAAAAAAGCGUUACAUACGAGUACGAGCAGGCUGCGAUUGCUGUCUGGGGGGGUCAGUGGAUGAUUAAAUACUAUGAAUGUGUUUAUUAUGAUGUUAAACUGCACAUAUAAAACCCUUCUCUGCUUCUGUUUUCGCUCCAGAUGAGAACGUGAAGGCUGGCGUCCACCAAGGCCUCCGCUGCACCUUGGGCAGCACACACACAUGAUCACAUGACUCUGGACAUGGACGCGGUCCUGUCAGACUUUGUUCGGUCCACGGGGGCAGAACCUGGUCUGGCAAGAGACCUGCUGGAAGGUAAGAAACCAAAAAUGUCCCACACCUUCAACUCUGACUGUUGAAUAAUGGACAUAGCUACAAUAAUCUCACCUAUUGGUAAAUAACGGCCAUUUUAAAGCCUUUAAUCUGGUAUUUUGGCCCUCAUUAUGAUGUUUUGUCUUGAGCCACGAGUGACCAUAUUUGGACUGUGGACAACCAUUGUGUUUUCCCGGGGGAUUAGGUUUGUGGCGAUAGCUGAGCAGGAUUAGUUAUUUCUUAAAACAACUUAGUACAAUGAAAAAAAGGUGAAAGGAGGGAACUUGUGGUCAGGCAAUAGUAACUGGUCCCAACACUGAUCCCAGUUUAGUAUAAAAAAACACUAAAAAUACAGUAAAAUCCAGGAUAUAAAUCCUUGUGUUGUUGCCUGAAGACUUGCUGUAGCUCUUGCUGAUAUCACCUGCUAUUAUCACCCUGUCAGCUAACUGCGAGGUAGUUGAGCACAGCCUGCUCUAGUUUUAAUAGUAUUGAGGUACCCACUUACUGUGACAAAUUGGCUCCCUCUGCUGAUCACGUGUCGUCUUUUCAAUUAAACUCACUCCACAAGGUUUAUUUUGACAAGCAUUAAAAAAUAGGCCAAGCCAUGCGUUGACCUUAUCUUGCCCUUUAUUAUCAUUAUUAUUAUUAUUGUUGUUAUUAUUAUUAAUAUUAUUAUUAUUAUUAUUAUUAUUAUUAUUAUUAUUAUUAUUAUUAUUAUUAUUAUUAUUAUUAUUAUUAUUAUUAUUAAUAACAACAAUAAUAAUAAUAAUAAUAAUAAUUUUUAUUGAUAAUGCGCUUUUACAGGUGCUCAAAGACGCCUUAGAAAAAAAGAAGAAAAUAAAAUAAAACACAAUUUAAAAUACAGAAAAUUUUGAGAAAUAAAACCAGCGAUGAGUUCACAUGAGUAAGUAAUGACUUCUGACAAAAAAAAUCCUAUCCUGCUGACUUUUGACAGACGGUUUUAUCAUUUAUUCUAAAUAUUUUAAAUGGGAUUGGUAAAAAAAAAAAAUUAAAAUAAAAAAAAAAAACAGGUCAAUUUUUAGCUGCUUAACUGACCCUUACCCCCUCUCAACAGUUUUAGGCAUUAAAAAUUACAAUUAAAAAAUUGCCAAUCUUACUGCUGAUGGUCAUAGUUGCUUUUGGAUAUCAUUACAAUGCAUCAAAAUAAUUUUCAGUCUAUUUUAUAAAUAUGAAAAAAAUGCCUUAUAGGAGCUUUAAAUAAUCCACAAGAGGGCGAAGAUUGAACAAGUAAGGCCAAGCAAAGAGUGUGAUGACUGGGUCAACUGAAGUGACUCUUAACACAAUGCUAGCAGGAUCCACCUUUCACUCAAAGCAGCUACAGCCCCUAAAUGAUUUAAACUCUGUCAACUCAUUUUUAUAGACUUGCUUUUAUGUGAUUUUGUCUUCUUUAAAACCUUUUACUCUCCUUAUUCAUGUUUUAUUAUAGUCCCCUUGGUCUCAGGUUUUUGUCAUUGGGUUCCUGUGUUGGCUGUGUCUCACAGGUUCUUAUAAUGUCUUUGCUUUAAUGACGUUUCAGCUCACAUGACAUUUAUCAAAGCUUUUAUGUUUUCCACCGAUUUUUAUUUUAUUUCUUUAUUCCAGUAAUGUGACGUUUCCCCCAAGUGUUCUCUUGUUGUUGUUAUGUUGUUUUUAUCUUCUUUGUUGUCCUGCAUGUUAAAGCACUUUUUUUUUAAAGUGCUAUAUAAAUAAAGUUAUUAUUGUUCUGAAAUUUAGCUCCUUUAUUUUUGGCAGAAAGAGAGAUGAUCUAUAGAGAUCAAAACCUGUUUUAUACAAGGAUGUCAAAAUGUGAAAUUCUGCUUUUAAGUGGAGUAAUUCAACAUUAGGUCUGUUGGGAUUGACUUGCCUUUGAGGACAGCCUCAAGUGGCCACUUGAAGAACUGCAGUUUUUUUUUGGUCUUAAAUAUCCAUUGUCAGUAUUUGAGCCCUGGGGGUGCUGACCUCCAUAGACAGGGGCUACGAUAUUUAUCAAGUUAUCUUUUGAUCAGCUGUUGAUUCCUGCUGAGCCAGUGUUGCCGCUGAGAUCUGAAGAGAAAAGGGUAAACAAGGGAAGAGGAAAGAAGGAGGAAAGGGAAAGAAGGCAAACAAAGGAAGGGAGGAGAUGUGUGGGGUUUGCAACAUUGAGCCAGCCCGCUGAUUUAGAGGCCGGUGUGGCAGUUUUACGAGUGCACUCUCCAGGGAGAGCUUUGUGCCCAUUCAUUGGAACUCAUUGAGGAGCAGAGUGCUACUGGCACUUGUAUAGCUUACAUACAGCGCUGUUAGGACAAAAAAAAAAGACCAGGGGAGCAAAAGUGCACACUGCAACAAAAGCUUGUUGAUGGUCAGUUGAAUUGGCUUUGAUAUGUAGGAACAGUAAAAGUGAUGUUUGUGUUUAUGUUGCCUUUGCAGUCUCAGCCAAUUUCUCAUUGCAUUCGAGCGUUUGGUCAAACUGCAGGAAAGAAAUGCUGAAGCGGAAAUGUGGAUGCAGUUCUGUGUACCUUAGAGAAAUAAAAGCAUGCUCCACAUUAAUCAGACGUCCAUUAGGGGAUGAAAUCCUUGUAGAGUUUAUGCAGCGCCUCUGUGUGCCUCAGAGAGUCUCCUUAAUUUUUGUUUCUCUGUGUGUUUAUUACACAGCCAGUCUAGUCUCGUCUGAUGGAGUCAGAAUUAAAGCUUUGGGUGUCUCUUCCUCCCCCUCACUCUUUUUUUUUCUGAUUAUGCUUUGGCACAAAGCCACCAGGGGCAUACAUGUGACACCAAACAAGACACUGCACUCAGAUGAGACAGACAUGGGCCUGGAUGUCCUAUUUCUGCCGCUCUCUGGUGUUAGCUUCACUCUUAAGACCUGCAUCAGUCGGCCGCUCUGUGACCCUCUCUGGUCUGAGUGAGGAUGGAGUGAGGAGGAAGCAGACGGAAGGAUGUGACAGCACUGCAUAUGGUGCUACCCCCUAGAGGCUGGUUUGUGUACUGAAGAAUGUGUUUUGACAUUUGUGGUCAAAAUAUUUGAGAGCAGUGUUUUUUUUUAAUCUGAAAUGAAGGUUUUUAGUCUGUAGAGGGAGAGAGAGAGAGAGACAGAAGCUCAGUGAAGCUGUUUUGUUGAUAAAGUUUAAAAUAAAAGAAAUUAGACGAGGGAUAUUGUUAUUAAAGUUUACGAAUAAAGAACUGCCUCUACUGUUCUUUUGCAACUGUUUUGAUUCACGGUGUUUUUAAUCUGGAUAGAAGAAGUCCUCAUAAAUUGGGGAAUCCCAUAUUCAUGCUGCGGAUGAAUAUUUUAGUCUUCUUUUGCUGACGACAGCCAUUAAAAAUGAAGCAGCUGCAACAACGCCUUCAUGCCACAGUAAUAGCGGGCUAAUGUAGAGGCAUUCAGAGACCAGGCUUUAGAUGCAGAGUAUCUGUGUCUACAGGACGUUCAGAUGCAUUCCUGGAUGUGCCCAGAUCCAUAACGCAGAAUCAGUUUAGCAUUGAUUGACGUGAGAGACAGUAGUAAGUGGUGUCGGGUUUCAUGUUCAGCUAGCUGAGCAGCAGCAUGUCUGUAAGUCAGGAGGGACAAAGUGGAUAACUUCCUGCAGGUCUCUCAUGCAGAGAGUCCAUCAGUGCAGCAUCUGUAAAAACGCUCAUAUUACAUGUAGAUAUCCUCAGCAUUGAUUUUGCUUUUGUAAAAGCAGUUUUCCCGUGGCACACUGAGUCGCAAUAAAGACGGAGGCUUUAUUUGUGUCUUUAAAUCUGGAAGGCAUUUCUGUCAGUGAGACAGCACCCAGAGGAGACAACUGAGUCUGAGUCUGUGUGAAUGUGUGUGUUUAUAGCACUCUUGUGUUACCAGUGUGUGGGUACUUUCUCUGGCACAUCAGGAUAUUGCUGUCAUUCUGUUAAAGGAUCUGUCUCCCAUCACUAUCUUCAGUGUUGCUUCACUACCCAACCUCAAACUGAAGUUAUUAGCCUUGUGAUGCAGCAUGCUGUACUCUUCUCUCUACUGUAUGGCCUGACUCAGUGUGAGCUGUUACAGUUGGGACUUCCUAUUUAAAUAAAAAAAAAGGCUAAUGUGAAUUUUAUUCAUUUCGAUGAACUGCUUUGAUUGUGUUCAUCAGUUAAUUAAAGGGAUAUUUCGGCGUAAAGAUAAGUUAGGGUCAAACACACUGUAACACCGGGGUAGAGAGGCAACAUUCAUCUCUCGACUGGGUGUCUAACUCUGUGUUAAUGGUGCAUUUGACCCUAAAUUAACUUUACGCCGGAAUAUCCCUUUCAAGGGAAUCUGGCUUUUCUGCAGCAACCAGUAUCAUGUGGCACCAGAACAACAACAGCAUGAGAAUAUGUGAAGAUAUGAAUAAAACUUAACUUAUCCAUCCGUGCAGAAAUUUGGGGUAUUGUAAAGAUAAAAUAUGGAGAAAAUAAUCCUGUCAGUGAUGUUUAGUUAUCGUACAAUGAGCGACAUGAAUUCUUGCUCAGUGUUGAUUUCAAUUAAACACUCUUUUGUUUGUGUCUUUCAGGUAAAAACUGGGACCUCAGUGCUGCUCUAAAUGAUUACGAGGAGCUCAGGCAGGUCCACACUGCCAACCUGCCGCAGGUCUUCAAUGAGGGCCGCUACUACAAGCCACCAGAGACACGUGACACGCCCACCCAUGUCAGCAAGAUCGACAGGCCGUGUGCACAGAAGCAGGAGGACAAUGCACAAGGUUUGAAGACCACCUCGAUGCUGCGCUAUCGUCAUCCGCAACUUUUAUGUUUUUCUCUUCCUUCACUUUCUCCCGCUGUUCCUCCCCUCUCCAGAGAAGCGUCUGUCCCGUGGGAUCUCCCAUGCCAGCUCGGCUAUCGUCUCCCUGGCGCGGCUGCAGGUGGCCAAUGAGUGUACCAGCGAGCAGUUCCCUCUUGAGAUGCCCAUUUACACAUUCCAGCUACCAGACCUCAGUGUGUACAGCGAGGACUUCAGGAGCUUCAUUGAGAGAGACCUGAUAGAGCAGUCCACCAUGAUGGCUCUGGAGCAGGCUGGUGAGUGCUAGGGGGAUACAAUAUGAUACGAUGUUAGAGACUGAACAGAAUCUUUAUUUGGAUAACAUCAAAAUGCAGAGGCCCACAAAGCAGCAGUAAUGAGAGAUUUAAGAGGAAGCCUGUAAAGUAGACUGAGGCAUAUCAGAGAAGCAGCAUCAUCUGGAAGCAAGACGACAACAACCUAAUUCAAAGCCUCCUGGAUCCCCAAGGAUUCAUCUCCCAGCUGAAGCUUUGAACUAACAAGGAAAAACUAGUUAGUGAAGUUUGAGAUCUUCCUGCAGAUUUUCCCAGGCAGAGACAGCAGAGAGUGUAAAAUCUUCCCUUACCUAAUUCGGUUCAGAGUCAGGGGGAAGGAAAAAGAAUAUUUGGACACUUUUUAACUUCUUCUACCCUUAAUAUUUCAGUAUCACAUCAAUAACAAAUCAUCUGUUUUAUGGUCUUACAAAUCUGACAAAACAGGGGCUCAGACAGUCAGAUUAAAUAUUUGAUUGAUGGUGAUAAAUGAAGAAUUAAAGAUGUAAGAUUCUUAGCUCUCACAUAGCCAAUGUGACUGAAGUCAUCAAAAAUAAAAGACCAUAGCUGCAACUCUCCACGGGGAAAAAAAGUAAUUCUGAAAUUCAAGAAAAAGCAGAAUACAUACGGAAGUGUUUUGUUUCAGACUGAUUUUGAUAUUGUUUAUGAAAGAAUAAGACAAAUGUAAAGAACAUCUGCAUUUUGACCCCCUAUACGCUAAGGGGUAAAUCAUUUAAAGCCUCUUCAGUGUUUGUUGUGUUUAAAUAAAUGAUGCAGCCAGAUAACCUCGGGCUCUGAGCAGAAAUCCUGCCUGCAGUGAAGCAGCGUGUCGUGCCCAAAGCUGUGAAGCUGUUGUUUCUCCCUGAGGGAAACGCGUAAGGCGGUGAUGGAGCACAAACUGGGGAUAGUGUAGAAGUCAGGCUGAGGAGGAAGAUGUACAGAGUGGGAGGACGCCAGGUGUUUGAGGGCGUGUGGAGGCAUAUGGUCUGCGCUAAUGAUUGCCUUCAAAGUUCAAUUAUUUGGGCUAAUUAAGUUCAUUGGCUAAUUGUCUUCAAUUGACAGUUACUGGUAACCGCUGCAGCACUUUGAGAUCGGUAGUUAACAUCUUGGACUCCGUUCAUUACCUGACACUUAUCUCUGAUCUGUAGGAGUCAUUUUGACUGUUUUAAACCUGCUGUUAUAUCUCUAUAGUUUAUGAAUGUGAAUAGCUUUCUGUUUAUUCAUGUACAUUAACCUUUUCAGUACCUUUGUGUCAUGAUAUGUUCAUGUUCUGUUGGUUUAGUUUUUUCCCCUGGUUUUGUGAUUUGAGUGUAUUUUCUUUUGGGAUUUUCCCUAGUGUUUCUGUGCCCUAUCGUUCCUGUUCCCCUGUAGUCUUUGUCUUGUGAGUUUUCAGUUUGUGUCUAACCCUGGUUUCCAUCAUGUUCUCAGUGUUUUAUUCUUUAUAUCAGUGUUUCCUGUUGUUUUGUUUUACUUCCUCAGUUUUCCCUCCUCUGUGAUUGUCUGCACCUGUGUCUCAGUGUCUCACCUGCCUCUCAUUGCUUGUGUUGUGUGUAUAUAUAGGCUGUGUCCGAAAUGGAUCCCUAACCCCUAUAUAGGCGACUAUACGGGGGUUAGCGCCAUUUUGAGGGGUGUCCAAAACCUGAGUGAUCAAUUCCAAUGCCCCAUAUAGGCAACUCAAAAUUUCCCAUAGAGCAUUGCAAAAUGUAGUGACCGUCCGAUGGUCACUCACUGGUGGUGGGCAUCCUGUAAUGCAUUGCGUCUCCAGCGGCAGUCUGAGCAGUGACGUCACAACCGUGCGCCAUGUAGUGUCUGAAACCUCCAGUGAUUGAGCCCACUACAUCGUCAGCUAUAUAGUGAAACCCCAUAUGGAGGUUAGGGGUUAGGGACUGAGUGAUUCAUUUCAGACACAGCCAGAGUUACUGUCUUCCUGGUUGGUUCAAAUGUGUGUUUUAUGUAUGUUUGUCGGUGUGUGCUUAUGCCAGUGUUCCCAGUGUCUCCUCGUGAUUUGUUCCCCCGGUGCCUUUUGUUGGAUUUUGGAUUUUUUGUUGGACAUUUUUCAUCCUGCAUUUGGAGCCCUUUCCGUUUCAUUUAACUCCAGAUCCUGAAACCUUUGGCUUCCGUUUUCUUUUAAUAAAUUGUUUUGGAAAUUAUUUUAUUAAUGUCUUUAAAAAAUAUAUAGUUAAAAAAUAAUGUGUGAUAUGAAAUCAUAAAGCACCACUACUACUGUUUUUAGCACCCACAACCUCAAUGUCAGAACACAACUUACAAGCUCUUACUGUUGCUAGGUUACUGAAAUUAUCCCGUGGUGUUAUCUGAGGGUAUUUUAAAAGUAAGAGGUUAAACAAUUGAUGGAAGUCACGUUGUAACAUUGGCAGCAGCAGCUUUAGGUGUGGACACUGGACGCUGGAAAAACAGGAGUGUGUAAUUCCUCCUCUGCAUGGACUCCUGCUUUUGCUGUUAACAAAAAUUGGCUUCAUGAAUCUCGCCCCUGCUUGACUUUGUCUCCAUCUGUGAGACAGAUGGAGACAGAGACAAUGACAUGCACAGUGCAUUUCAAAGGAAAACUAAAGGUGCAGUUCAAGACAGAGAAAUAUCCUGAAAAAUUUCCUAAUUUCCAUAAUUUCUAGUAUUUGAGAUAGUGGAUUUAUGAAUAUAGCUGACAUAUGGGGUGUUUUAAAUACUGCAUCGUAUAAGUUUCAUAUAAUACUAUAUACAAAAAAGCUGAUAUGGACAUACGCCCUUAUGCACCAACAAGUGACUCCAGGAGACUUACAGCCGUUCUUCUGUUUCUUGAGUUUGUACAGACUUCAUAUCUCACCAUUGUGUCUCUGUUUGCAGGUCGUCUGAACUGGUGGUCCACUAUGUGCACCAGUUGUAAAAAGCUGCUUCCUCUGGCCACUACAGGGGACGGGAACUGCCUCCUGCACGCUGCCUCUUUAGGUGAGACGCUCAUGUAAACAACAGCACAUUCAACAUACAGCGUGAUCAUAACAUCCAUCACGAGCUCUCAAGUCGGCCUUUUAUCUCUAAACUUUGGGACAGCUGACACCGUCGCAGAGGUCUAACAACACUGUCAGCGCUGCAUCACAGCAGCUGAACUUAAAGGAGGGAGUAAGAAAGGACGAGCGGGGGGAGAUAAGGAAGCGAGAGAAGAGGAGUGACCUAUAGAUUUCAGGAAACUGUCAGCCGCAGGUUUCAGGGAGAUAAAGGUUCAACAGGUCUGUGCUGAGGGAGACUGUUGACUCAGGAGGCGAGGGCUGCCAGAGUAGACAGUGAAUGCAUUAGGUUGAAAGGAAACAGAGCUAAUGUGAUGGACACCGACAGUUUAGUAACUGAAGGCCCUUUGAUGAGUGAUAAAAGGAUGGAAAGUUAAAGAGCCUCUCUGCGGUUUGAAAGUUUGGUGCAGUCAAGAAUUUCAACACCUUUCUUUUUCACUCAUAAAUAUGCACCGGUUGUGUGGUGAGGUCCAUAACAUUAGCAUACGGUAACACUGUUGUGUGUUUGUGUCGUUCAGGGAUGUGGGGCUUUCAUGACAGAGACCUAAUGCUGAGGAAAUCCUUGUAUACCAUGAUGAAGAGUGGAGCGGAGAGAGAUGCUCUCAAGAGGAGGUGGAGGUGGCAGCAAACCCAGCAAAACAAAGAGGUUGGGAAAAUAUUCAUCUUUGCACACACACAGAACCUAAAUGCACCACAUUCCCUUUAGUAAAGACACAUUAAAAAGCCCACGGGAUGAAAAUCUCUGUUAAUAAGAGCUUAUUUCUGCUCCCUUCCUGGAUUUUUUUGUCUCAAUCGUGCUUUAGUUUCCGUCCUGCUAAUACCAUCAAAUCCUUUUCGCUUCUUCGCCUUCCUUCUUGCGAUGUUGAUGCAAGUAUUUGCCCGUCUAUUAGUAAAAAAUGGUGUCACCAAAGAUAGCUCAGGCGAAAAAGUAGUCCAGAUGCUCAUGUUUUAAAAAUGCCCGAGGCCUCCUGGUGGCCAAGUGAUCUAAGAUGAAUCUGAUGCAAAAAUAAAGUUAAAUGCAACAACACAUCAAACUUUACCCGACUGCGAAAUGAUGACGGAGAAUGCCUCACAUUUAGAUUCAUAAACCCUCGGUAAGUAACCUUGUACACGCAGAUGAAAAUAGAAAGAAUGAAUAAUAAUAGGGAUUGUGUGGGCGAGCAUCGGCACAUGCUUAAUAGAGUUUCCAUUUGUGUGUGUGUGUGCAGUCAGGGCUGGUGUACACCGAGGAGGAGUGGGAGAGAGAGUGGAACGAGCUGCUGAAGCUGGCCUCUAGUGAGCCUCGCACUCACCUCAGCAAGAACGGCAACACCAGCGGAGGGUAAGCUGCUCCACUCACAAUCAUCCCGGAGAAGCCUGCGAGCGAACACACCGAACUCUGAACUCUGUCAGACACAUGCAUCAAACAUUACUGCUCUCACUCUGCAGGGGGCCCAUGAUUAAAACAAAAGUGACCUUUUCACUGAGAUGGAUUUUCGAGGGAGGCUUUUUGUUCCCAGCUGCUCUUUCAUAUUGCUGUCUCCUCUGGAAAAAAAAAAAAACAUUGCAAAAGCUGUCAUGUGAGACUGUGCCAUCUACUGGCUGAUGCCGGUAUGAAUCAUUUUUGCAGCCUCCUCUGAGCUGUGGAUUGCAUUCAGCAGGUGAUGUGAAUUGCUCAGCCCCCUUGUUGCAUAAACAAGCAGAAGAGUGAGUUUAUCUCAGGCUACGGGGCAGAUUGGAAACAGAUUCUGGUUUCCACCUACGCACUGAAACCUUGUGGUUACUUUCUGUUUCCAUUUUCGCUUAAAUGGACCGAGGUACUUUCUCACUCGUGUGGUCGCGCAGCUGAUCUGAUGCGGAAAAAUUACAUACAUUGAACAGAAAGACUAAUGAAGGAGUACGCUGCAGUCAACAUGUCGUUUGAUUGGACGAAAUGUCGUUUAGCAUCUACUUUUCGUUUCUCCAGCUUUCAGUGACCGAGUACAGAUCUCUUUAUCACUCAGAGUAGUAAAAGUAGCCCAUUAAGGAGCACAUUUUACUCAUUUAUUCAGUGGAUUUAACCUCUCAUUGAGUUUGACUGUAACACACUAAUCAGGUUAGGGAUGUUUGAUGGCCCUAGUGUGAGAUGAGCCCCCUAAAUAGGAUGAGUGGGAUUCACAUAUUAAGAGGCUCUUUAUUAGAGUGAAUUUGGCAGCGUGGCUGUUUGUGUGGCUGACAAUUUAAUUGUUGCACAUCCUCUGGUUCCCUGGUGGUUGCAUGCCUGAGAGCUCUUUCUCUCUCUCUCUCUCUCUCUCCCUCCUCUCUCUCUCCUUCCUUUCUUCUCUCCUGCUCUUUUCCUUUCCAGCACGUGUCCGAACAGAUGGAUCUUUACACAUAGCCAUCCUGUUUGUUAAUGUUAGCCAGCAGGCAAAAUUGAUCCAACUAAAUCACAAUAGGUUAUGAUUAGUACUUAGAUUAUUAUUUCAGCUUUGGAUAUUUCGAUGCGGUCAGUACCAUACACAGGAAAUUGUCAUGGUGCCCUGUCAUCCCUUUGUAUUGUGUGUUUGUUUUUGUUUUUGCAGAGUGGAUAACUCUGAAGAUCCGGUGUAUGAGAGUCUGGAGGAGUUCCAUGUGUUUGUGCUGGCUCACGUGUUACGCAGGCCGAUUGUAGUGGUGGCUGAUACCAUGCUCAGAGACUCGGGAGGAGAAGGUAACAGCAUCUCGGCUCUAUUUUCUACACACAACAAUGUAGGGACAAAACAGGAAGAAACAACAGUCAAAGAAGAUGCUAAGGGGGCACUGGUUUGGCUAAGAGGUUACAGGGAGAACCCCAAAUACAGAGGUAGGAGUCCUGGUUUGGCCCUUCUGCUGCAUAUCAUCCUUCACUCUCCUCUUUACGUUUCUGUCUUUAAAAUAUAGGCCAUAAACCUUAAAAAGGGUAUUUUGCUUCAACUUGGGAGUCUUAAUAGCAAAACCCUCAGUCCUCUUUAGAUUGAAAGUGUGAGGUGGGUCAUAAAAAUAGUCUGCUUUAUAUAUACUAAGUGGCUGUUACAGUAGCACAGUCAUAUCAGGGCUUGACACUAACUUUUUUCACAGGGGGGGCAUGUGCUCCCAAGUUGAAAAAGUUUUAGGUCAAUUGGUCACAUGACAUGGAAGCUAUUGAAGGAAAACAGCCUUUCUGAGAACAUCAACCCGUAAUUUAUUGAUGGUCCCUUAUUCAACACCCGAUGUUGACAGCGAGGGUGCCCAGUAGAUGUAACCGCACUGUUGUUGCUAUUCCCGGUUAUGUGAGUGAGAAGACACCAGUAGAUCUGCAGUGAAUGUCCAUGAAUAUCCAAACCUAAAACCAACUUCACCGCGGUAUUUACAUGAAAAAACAUUUGUUGCCUCAGCUAAUUUUUUUAUGCGCACAUGUGCCCCUAAAUACAUUUUACAAUUUGCACACAUCUAGUUUUAGUCGCAAAUGUGAGUGAAACGGUCCCACCGUCAGGCGCUGCAUAUGUCAUUAAAGUCAGUAUCUGUAUCAUCCUGGUAUUGUUUCUGACAUGGUUGGACCAGGACUUGGUCUCUAUGUUGCUCACAGUUGAGGUAGCAGGUUAAUACAGCAUUCUUUGCCGAUUCCAGCGUUCGCUCCCAUCCCAUUCGGAGGACUCUACCUGCCUCUGGAGGUGCCCCCAAGCCGCUGUCACUGCUCUCCUCUGGUCCUGGCCUACGAUCAGGCUCACUUCUCGGCACUGGUGUCCAUGGAGCAGAGGGACCAGCAACGAGAGCAAGGUGAGGAGCAUCUGUGCUUCGUCACACUCCACCCACACGAAAAACUGGGGGGCUCCUCGUUUUAAUUAGGGGUGUCCCUCUACAACUUUUUUACUUCCAAUACAAUGCCGAUAUUGUAGCCUUAUAGUAUCAGCCCUACUCCUUGCUACUUUGUUAGUACCUUAGUACACACUGUUGUUGUGAUCACAUGGGCUCUGCAUGCUGGAUCUGGACGCUGCUAGCUAGAGGUGCUGGAGUGGAGUCUGGAAUGGACUGCCCAUAUCGGUAAGUGCUGAUAUCGGAGAUUUUAGAUGCAGGCCGAUAUAAUCAGAUAUUUUUUUUUUAGCUGAUAUCGGACUGAUAUCUGAUAUCAAUAUCAUAUCAGGACAGCCCUAGUUUAAAAGAAGGAUUAAUGUCCUCUUUUUGACCUCCUGCUCUUAAAAAAUCAACCUGCUGUGAUGUGCAGUAGUUGGGUAAGGUAAUAGUUAAGCUGGCUUUGCUUUUAACAUGGAGUGGACAGAUUGCAAGACUGAGGGUGAGUGGUCUGCCUGUCCUGCUCGGGGUGAAUAAUGCAUGAGACAGCACUCUAAUUACCAGGGAUCCAUUAUUAAAACAGGCCAGUUGGCAGGAGGAGCCAAAGAGUGCCUGACAUGGAGAAAAGUGGACAGCAUGAUCUUUGACAGAUUCAUUAAAACCAUAUUUUAUUUUGCAUCCACAUUUUUCCAUCUGGAGUCACUUCUGUGUCGAGCGCAUUAAUCGAGUCGUGUUGAUUUAUUUGUUGAGUGACUUGUGUUUUUGUCUAGACGCCACUCCGGAUAUGUGGCUUAUUCUUGAGUUCAGAGUAAUCCUCACAUGGAGUUCCUUUAAUUGACAAACAGUGUAGAUCUCCUUGACGACCGGUCUUGGUAGUCACAGCACUCCUCUGUAUCUGACUCAGUGGGUGGAACUCACUUGUCAUUUGCGUGGGCAGUCGGCCAACACCAUCUCCUACACGCUUACGCAAACUGCCUCUUUCUUCCUCUUUUUCUUUCUUCCCCCUUCUUUUUCUUCUUCUUGUACUUUUCUGAGAAUAUGCAGUCCUAUUCUUGGCCUGGGAACACCAACCUGGUUAUUAAGUCCGGUUACGACCACUGCAGACUAGCAGACAGGCAUUAUUACUAACCUGCAAUCUCUGCUCUGCAGUUGUUCCUUUUUAAUGCCAGCAGCACAUCAAAGACUACUCCACAGCCCAGAACCACUCUGCACUCCCAUUUGAGUUUGUGUGUAUAUGUGUGGGGGAGUGAAGUUCCUCUGUUUGUCCACUAGAUGGAGUGUGUGUCCAGAGAAUGUGCUGCAGCUUGAACCCAACAGCUCUGCAUGACUGUAUUCAUUCAUUCUGGUACACUGUGUCCUGUGAUAGGAUCAGAGUUCAUUUGGUCUGCAGUCUCUCUCUCCAGGAUGUUAUGAAAACACUUGUGCACUAAGCUCGGUGCACUUGUGUGUCAUGUGAUGUAUCGUGUUACACAUGACUGGUGCAAAUCUGCGCUACUGCAGCCAUGAUUAUUUCGUUUUCUAUUUUUUUAGGGUGUAAAAGUUUAUGAGCACUUAGGCCGUGCUUACUUCAUCAUUUCUGAAUUUUACAGUUCAGCACGGAGAAACCACACUGGCUUACAACUCUGAACAGAUGCCAGACAGACAUGCAGACAGGCGGAGGGUCAGACCUAAUCUUCCACUGCCAAUUAGAGCAGAGUAGCCCCGUGCCGGCCCCUAAGCCCUGACCACAUCACCACAUAUGGGCAGGGGUCCCGGGCUGCUGGAGCCCCCGACAAACCCGCCCGUCUCUCCUGACAGUCUGGGCCCAUGAGUGGAUGUCUAAGGUGGAGGGCUGCUCUCAGUUUCCCUCCAACACAGCAAAGAGCAUCCGAGCAGCCACUGGCCCGAUGUGUGCUCAGGUACCAGAGGCUGCGUUAGAAUACUGGCUCUUUCUUUCCACAGCCUGCAUGGAGGAUUAGAGCAGGGUCCCAAACAGUAACCUGAUUCUCAGUCGCACUGGCAGAUCAUGCUUCUCCGCUUUUUAUCACUGCUGUUUGUAGAUGAUUAAAAACAGUGAGGAUUAGGACCAAAACUUUCUAUAAUUUCUGUUUUAACCUCCAACAGAGCCGUUAAGUCUUUGCACAGCCCGGUAUGUUUUCUUUAGACCUCCUGCUGCUCACCUUCAGUGUGAUAAUGACUGACUCUUCAGUGGACGCCGCCGGCCGACCCUUUUAUCAGCUUGUUUGUGCUCCUGUGGUUAAAAGAUGCAUGGGAGGGAACUAGCCCCUCUAAGAAACUCUGGAGCUAUUUCAAGCUACCAAAACACUUCCAGGUUUUCUUUGGCAUCCCCUCCAUCAACCCCCCCAACACCCAUCUGAAUGAAGUAAAUGGUCGUCUUUUACACAAAGACCACCUACAUAACAGUGUGGUGCAACCAUCCCGCUCUGGCCCAGGUUUCACUUUUCUUUCUAUAAAAGAGAGCCGGUGUAUUACUCUCCAUGCCGGCUGUGUAAUUAAAUCAACACGGCAUUAAGAGUUAAACGCUAUUUGUUGCGGUUUUACGUGUUACUUCAAAUGCAAAGCUCUUGUAAUCACCAGUUUGGUUCCGCUGUUAAAAUCUGUGGCAAAAAUAAAAAAGCUGAGGCUUGUUUAAAUGCACCGCUGCCGUUAACUCUGGUGAAUUAGGCCCUUCAAGUCCGCAGCUGUGCAGAGUGACCAAAGUCAGGAAUUCAAAGUUGUGUGUUUUCCAGACAGUACAAAUUGUUCUUGAAUAGCAAAACAGAGGAAACAUUGGCUCAGUGUUUCUCCUGUGAAUCAAAGCCUGUUGUUGGUGAGAUUUGUCAUCUGAAGAGAGAACGAGAGGAAAGAUUUCCUCCUUCUUUUGGACUCGCAACAGAGCAAGCGUCUUUCAAGAUAUUAAUGCGCGAUCCGUAAUUCUUAGAAAGUGAUCUACCUUAUUUCCCAAAGCGACCUCCUCACAGGUUACUCCCUGGUUUCCUCCCCCCCUUUUUCUCCCAGUCUGUUGAAUCGAAGAUGCAAACUGAGCAAGGCGAGGCAGUCUAGCAGCUAUGUUGCUGAGUACACAACUCACAUACCAGGGAGGGCUAUGAUGUCAUCUGUGCAUAAGCUAUGGGAAACGGUCAUUCAAGGACAGCAAGACAAGGCUGCCAGCAGGAAUAGUAAAUACAUUACAGCACACUUUAGCCCCCCAGAGCUCAAUUGGCAGCGCCGAAUCUGUGGAUCUGGACCGGAGCCCGAGCGGGAACAACAGCUCUCACAGCAGUUUGGCACGGUGCAAAAAAAAAGGAGGACAGCUGCAACGUGGGAGCUGGGGCACCACCUCACAGACCCCCACUGCCUGCUGCAUGACCUGAGUGGGAACUGAGUGGGAGCUCGUUCGCUGUCUUCUGUCUGUCUCUGUGUGUGUGCUUGUGAUUAUGAGAGAUUUUUUCUGGGCAAGUGUGUUCUUGGAAAAACCCCUUUUUUAAACAGAGCCCUCACUUUUUUUUUCUCCUUUUAAAGCCACUGCUCUCAUAACUUUUAUUCAUGACGGCAGCAGGGAUUAGUCAGAUCUCUUUUUAAGGUAAAUCGCACGGCAACGUGUUAAUUAGCUGCAAUAGAUUACAGGACAGCAGUGUGAAAUUUCAGGGAGAUUGAUUGAGAUAUUUGCCAGCAGAGCUAUUAAUGUGUGUCUAUGCAGCUGAUGGGAUUUGUUUGCUAAGCAACAAAUGAAAAUACAUGGAAAUAGGAGAUCCUGUUAGCGGCAAUGACUGGGCUAAAUUUGUUUCCAGAACUUGAGGCAUCAUCACCCUACAUGUACCAGCAGUAUUUUUACACAUAGCAUGUUUAAAAGUGUACUUUGCACCCACACAGAGGCACUCAAAUAAAGACAGAAGUAGCAACCAGUGAGUGUUCAACCUGCAGUUUCACAAGGAGGAGCUGCUGCUGCUGCUGCCAUUUUCUGUGUCUCCAUGAAGACAAUUGGCAGGGGAAGGAUUGAUAAAGCAUGGAGGAGACUGUUUCCUCCAUCUGGGUCUGACAGUGAAGGCUGGAAUGUCCUCGUCCCGAACAGCCUGCCUCGCUCUACCGUCAUGUGGACAACAGCCCCCACACGCUAGGUAGCCUGAGGAGAGCUGUCAUGUGGGCCAGUGGGGUCUAAAGCUAGUCCUCCUCGCUCGCUCCUGUUGUUGAAAGGCAGCCAUGCACUCACUCACACACAAACACGCCCGCGCUGUGCUUGUACUGUAAGCACGCCUCCCACGAGAGGAAGCCCGGGUGGGUGUCUGUUUUAUGUUCUCGGUCCUGUGAUUUGUGUUGAAAACCUCUUCCUGCUAGUUAGUUGCUGAUCAUAUCAUCAGAGUAUGGGUAAAGUCAUUUCUGCACCUCUGUAGCUGUCUGUUUGCACCCUCGUAGGUUUCAAAGCUGCAGUCUUAUACCAAACUGUCUUUCAGAUAAAGUGAAAUAUGAAAUAAUGCUGAAAAGAAGUGUGAUGGGACAGAAAAUAGGAGACAUACAGUCCAACAGCUUUUAAACAGGACCCCAGAUGAGUCAAAUGGACUCAAAAGGAAAAAAAACAAAAACUAGCCGUAAAUUUGGACCCGACUUGUCAGUUGCACGCUGACUUCCUUUUCAACUUUGGCAGAUUUCCUGCUUUGUUUUCCUUCGUUUGUAGUGUGGGAUAAUAAUUAACAAUAAAAAUGACAACGUUUAACGUGAAUUAUGUAACUCUAAUUAAUUAUGGGAGGUUUUUAGACUCAGCUGCAGUCAUGUUUGCACUUUUUGUUCACAUUUUCAGUGUGAAAUGCAUGUGCUUCUUGUCCACCAUUGCUGUUUUAAAUCUUCCUCAGCUUCUCCUUCCAGUGAUAUCUGGUAGAAAAAAUGUUUCACUAUGAAAACAGUCAGUACCGUCCCACUUAUGAACCCAUUUAGCAGCAGUUUCAACCCCAUCAGCAGAGUGGAUGUCUGGUUGUCAUAGAGUUGUUGUGGCAUUUUUUCCUGUUUCUUUUUUAAGCUUUUAAAAACACGUCUCUCGCACGACAGAUCUGCGGUUCUUAGUUUGUGGGUCACUGGACCAUGCCAAGUCUCAUGUGUCACGAUUAUGUGCCAGAAAAAAAGAGUCUUUGCCACACUCAGAGUCGUCAUUAAAUAACGAAUUUCAAAAAUGUGGGUCAGGAUUAUGUUGAAGAAGGUGGUGGGAUGUGAGGCUACCCCAGAUGAGAAACGCAGCUCUAAACAGUAGUUUUAUUUUGAAGUAAGUGAGCACAGACUCUGAUAACUUUAAUUGAUUUAUCUUUAAUUGCCCCAUUUUAUCUUUUUGACUUUGAUGUGACUUUAUUUGUGGAUUUUUUUUUUGGUUCUGGCAUAUUUUAAUUUUUUAUUAUUAUUUUGCUAUUUAUUAGUUUGCAUUUCUUCUUCUUUUUCUUUUCCUUGUUAUUAUUAUUAUUUAUUUAUUUUAUUAACAUUUCCAUUUUUAUUAUUAUUAUUAUUGUUAUUAUUAUUGUUAUUUAUUUAUUUUUUAUUAACAUUUCCAUUUUUAUUAUUAUUAUUGUUAUUAUUAUUAUUGUUUAUUUAUUUAUUUUAUUAACAUUUCCAUUUUUUUUAUUAUUAUUAUUAUUGUUGUUAUUAUUAUUACUAUUAUUAUUAUUAUUAUUAAUAAUUUAUUUUUAUUAACAUUUCCAUUUUUAUUAUUAUUAUUAUUGUUAUUAUUAUUAUUUUUUUAUUAUUAUUAUUAUAAGUGCUUUGAAAAGGAGUUGCACAUCGCUGUAUACUCAAAGUUUUUUCAAUUUAAAUCUGACUUUGUUGAUUUUAUUUUGGUUUUUGUUUGCAUAAAGGGAACCAGCCAACUGACACUUCCUUUAACUUCCCCCCUCAUAAAAAAAACAGCAGACAGUGUCUCUGAAAAAGCAGGACAGGGACUGAUCUGUGUUAUGAAAGGGACCGCAGCUGACGGAGGUCAGUCUCUGUCUGGAUGAGUCAGUCCGAGCGAUACACUCACAGGUCACAGUCACAUCUUAAAAAAUGGAUGGCAUACAGAGUCCUCCUUCUGUCUACUUCACCCCCACACUGACAGGCAUCUGGGAUAAUUAAGGUGGUAUUAUUCUAGUGUGUCAUUACGGUGUCACGUUAUCGUUGACUCUGCGUUGGCCUUGUUGGUUUGCGUGCAAUCUCAUGUCCGGUGGUAAAGCUAGACCAAACUAACCUUCUGAUAAUCUCAUCUCUUCCAGCUGUUAUCCCUCUGACCGACUCGGAGCACAAGCUGCUGGCACUCCAUUUCGCCGUGGACCCUGGCAGGGACUGGGAGUGGGGGAGGGAUGACAAUGAUAACACCAAGCUAGCCAAGUAAGUCGAGCAGGAUAUCACAUACUGUUGAUGCUUAUCAACAACGAACACAGAGGUUGUUGACUAGGAAAGCAGUCCCAUGAAGGGUGAGAGUAAAAAAUCUGCUGGUGGAGGUAGUUCUGUGUGGCUGUGUGUGUGGGAUUUAACUCUGAUUAUGCAGUUGAGGCUCAGGUCACUUCAAAGAAUGAGCAGGGAAAGAACAAAUUGUGAGCCACGUCAGUCAUCUAUAGGGUUUCCCAGGAACGGCCUCACUAAAUCAGCAACACCCUCUCUGAGUUUAGCAAAAAGUUUAUGUAAGGGUUUCUGUUUCACAUUCCUGCCAGUCAUGAGGUUAGCUUAUCCUGCAACAAGCUGCAGAAUGAACCAGCUCAGGAAAAAAAGAUGCUCCACUCUCUGAUAGCAGAUCCUUAAAUUACAGAUCAAAUAUCAUCGUCAGACCCACUAAUGUGCAUCGGCAUGAGAAAUGUCAGCGAUGUAAUCCCACAGCUUGUUAAUCGUGUAUUUAUGUUCUCCUACAGUCUCAUCCUGUCUCUGGAGGCCAAACUCAACCUGCUGCACAACUACAUGAAUGUAACAUGGAUCCGUAUUCCAUCUGAAACAAGGGUAACUUUUUCCUCACACAUGAGUUGUGUUCGUCACGGUUAAUUUGGCCCUACAGGAACUCCUCUGUUCCAGAUGUUCUGGAAACUACUCAGUCUAAUCAAUCAGUUUUAUUUACUGUCAGAUGCAAUAAUCUCAGGCAUUCCUGUGUACUUCUGAUUGUAAAUCAUCAGCAACUAGCUCAACUCUUAACAAUAUACUCAGAACAAUGUUUUGGAGCGAAUCUGUGUGGGAAACUUUAGAAUCUGUCUGCUUCAAAACUUUUAAUGUGUUCUGAAUUAUAACUUAAACCAGUCAGCACCAUGUUUUUAGUGUUUCCCUUCAUUGCUGUGUGUGUUUGUGUGUGUGUGGUUUGUCUAUGUACAGGCUCCCCUGGCUCAGCCAGAGUCUCCCACAGCCUCUGCAGGUGAGGAUGUCCAGUCUCUGGCUGAGUCUAUGGACUCUGACCGUGAGUCUGUGGGCAGCAACUCUAAUGUCAACAACGGCAAGCCCAGCAAGGAGAAGGACAAAGAGAAGCAGCGCAAGGACAAAGACAAGAGUCGGGCGGAUUCUGUAGCCAACAAACUGGGUAGCUUCAGCAAAACCCUGGGGAUCAAGUUGAAGAAGAACAUGGGAGGUUUGGGAGGCCUUGUGCACGGCAAAAUGAACAAAUCUAACUCUGGCUCAGGUCGAAAUGGAGAGAACGGAGGAGAAAAAACAAAGAAGAAGGAGUCCAAAACAACAAAGAGUAGCAAGGAGGAAUCGGGCCAAUCAGCCAGCUCCACCUCCUCUGAGAAGGCUACGAGUCCCUCCCCUACAGAUAGACCCUCCAGCUCCUCCCCCACGGAGAGGCAGGACAGUACAGGGAGAGUCUCAGGGGAAAAGAGCCUGGAAAACUGGAAAUACAGCACGGAUGUGAAGCUCAGCCUCAACAUCCUGCGGGCUGCCAUGCAGGGGGAGCGCAAGUUCAUCUUUGCGGGCCUCCUCCUCACCAGCCAUCGACACCAGUUUCACGAGGAGAUGAUCAGCUACUACCUGACCAACGCCCAGGAGCGCUUCAGCCAGGAGCAGGAGCAGAAGAGGAAGGAGGCUGAGAAGAAGCCCCCGGUCACCAACGACGUGGCCGCAAAGAAACCUGAGCAUGAGAGUGUCUUCCAGAGGGAGAGGUCGGACAGCUCGCCACCGGAGAGCUGCUCUCCCAUCCUGCCCCAUCACACCCACACCUACAACCACAACUCACAGCUCAAGAUGCAGGGCAGGAACAGUCCCACUCCUGCAGCCCCUCUUGUUUCCUCCCCAGCCCCUCCGCUCACCCCACCAACAGUCUCACACCACGUCUCCCACCCAGCCCCAGCCCCUGCGCCUUACUCCUCCCCCAGUAUUGGUGCUAAGAGACCUGGGCCUGUACCUGUGUCUGCUCACUACAGCCAUACACCGCCCAUCCAGAGGCACAGCGUGAUCCACUUACAAGAUGUCAACAUGCAAUCCUCCAUCUUCCAGGACGACCCCUAUAAUAAGCCUGUGGUGGGCACCCUAAAGACAUGCGCCACCUACCCCCAGCAGAACCGCACACUUUCAUCCCAGAGUUACAGCCCCGCUCGCCUGUCAGGGGUCCGCACUGUUAACACCAUAGAGACCCUCUCUUACAAUAUGCCUGGCGAACACAAGUCCCACACCUACACCAACGGGUUCCACGCGGGAGACAUUCAGGACUGCCUGGAGUAUGCUGAUGAGGACAACUCGUCUCACACCUGGCUAAACCAAGACAAAACCAAAGGGCGGAGCUCUGGAAGCCCUUUGUACUGCUUUCAGCAGCGCCGCUGCAAGAGGGAGAACUGCUCUUUCUAUGGCCGGCCAGAGACAGACAACUACUGCUCCUACUGCUACAGAGAGGAGCUGAAACGCAGGGAGAGGGAGAGCAAAGUGCAGAGGCCCGCAUAGCCAUCACAGUCACUUCAGCCACUUGUCAGCAAGGCCACAGGAGACUGGAGGAAACCGACAGCAUCUGCACUCUGCAUUUCCAAUAACAUGGUGGCAAAUGUUUCCCCUUUUCUGUUGAAGAAUGCUCUUGUAUUCCUGUCACCCUUCCCUUGUUAGUUUAUGAUGGGGGAAGCAGAAUUUGAAACAGUGAGCAGCUUUGGCCAGAAGUUUUGCUUUUCUGUUCGUUUUUUUCUUUCUCUGUCUUUAGUCUUUUACUUGUUUUAGAGUAAAAGUCAUCUCUAUGUGAUGUAACUCUGUAUUUGAGAAGAAAAAAAAAAAGCUCUUUAUUUUUUAAAGUGCAAAAUAUUUGCAUCUCAUCAGGAGGGAACAUUUUAGCUCUUUUAAUCAGUUUGAAUGCAAUACCUCUGCUUGGUUCUUCAAAAAUCUCUGUGGAAAAUUUGUAGUUGUUUGCAAUCAAAAAUAAAUUGAACGGGAGAUUAAUAUUAGACUUAAAAGCAAUAAAUUGGUGAUUUUUGCUACACCCUCUCCCAAUUUUGUCUAUGCACCAAUAAUAUAGUUACUGUAGGUUAAAUGUGUCUUGUAAAUUGUAAAGGAGUGUCACGGUGUGCUUUUGUAAACAAAUUUCAACUACAGGAAUUCAAAUGUGUAAACAUUAUAGAUCGUAAUGUUGGAUUAGGAUGAAAUGUAAACCUAUCUCAUUUGUUAAGUGUACUUUUGUUCCUAACCACGGUGCAAAGGUUUGCUGUGUCAAGAAUUGGACUCAAAUAUUAUGUCAACUGUCAUUUCACAGUUUUGCCUGUAGUUGACCUCUUAAUGACCACACGCACUGCCAAACUGGCUUCUUAACCAAUUUACGAUUCUUCGAGUUUUCAAAAUGUUUUAUGUGGCAAACACCAAACGAUGUGCAUAGGAUGAACUGCCUCUCAAAUAUGCAGUGUUUAUGGCGUGUUUCUCCGAGUCACCUGUAAAUUACUCUAUUUGGUGUGUGUUAGAUGAGAAGAAUUGUGGGUAGUGAGAGCAGGCUGAUACGUACUUUUCUGAUGUGUGGUUACGUGUCUCCUCCCCUCUUUACACACACACACAAAAACACAAGUGUGCAACCAUGCUACUAGCACUAUGUGGUGACCUGCAGUAUAGAUGUGUCACCGGUCCAGUGUAAGAUUGUCUGUCCCGUCAUAUCUAGAGGCCGUUAUACAAAGCACCUGCUGCUAAGAGCACCUCAAGCCUUUGUGAUCAUCAGUGCUUUAACCAAUCAGUGGGUAUGUAAAACCCCGGGCCUCCAAGUGCUUUCUGCUCAUUCGACAUGACUACUGUAACGACGCAGUGUUAGUGUUGCUGUUUGUUCUGGUGAUGCUUGGAUAAUGUACCAUGCUGUCCUUAACUAAGUGUGUCCUGGCCAAGGAUGUCCACUGCUCCCCGGGUUCGCUUCUGUCUCUCUCUCUCUCUUUCUCUCUCUCUCUUCCUCUCUCUCUCUCUCUCUCCUGUACACACUGCAGUGUUGCUCCUCUUUGUUUCUAUGUGACCAGUUCAUGGACUCUCACCAUGUUAGGACUGUAAGAUAUGAUUUUGUAUUCCUUUAAGAGUUUUACACUACUUUAAAUUAUUAAUUUGCACAUUAGGUACAGAUGUAAAUAUGAAAAAAAAAAUAGUUUAUUGUUACAAACA